UGUUUCAUUAAACUUGAUAAUUUGCGAUCUCCCUAAUGUUACGCUAAAUUUGCAAUUAGUUCACGACUGGAAUUUAGUAAUUGUGCAAUUACGUUUAAAUUUGGGUGAAAAUAUAGUAUUGAUUUGAAAUCAAUAACCGAUCGAUCGAUUGCCGAGGUUCGAUUGAUAAACCACAUGUAUAUAGAAACCCUGUUAGAGAAACGGUUAAGCCGGUCAUACUGAUUUUCAAAUUAGCUUGUAAUGUUUACGUCUUGAUGCGUUAAUUCGAAGGUUUACUUAGCGAUUACACGUUUCUAAAAAUACUAAUCUCUGUGGUUAUUUUUGCCAGCACCUGUGAAAAUGGCUACGAUUUUCCACUCUGGUCAAAAAGUAUUCGCCAAGGUGCGCGGUUACCCGCCUUGGCCAGCCAAGGUGUUAGACUGUAUCGACGACACGGCCGGUAGGCAAAAAUACCGCGUUUAUUUCUACGGUACCAGAGAAACGGCCACCUGUAAGCUAGAAGAACUCUACGACUACGUCGAAUACCGAAAUAAAUACGGUAAACCGAUUAAAAAGAAAUCCUUUACCGAAGCUAUACGUGAAAUCGAAGCCGAACUCGAACCAUCUAAACGUAAAGAUAGCGUGCAAGCCAACGAACCUACAUCUACCACGGCCCCUGUGGCUGCCCCCGUCGCCGCUGCUCCAGACGCCACCGUUACCCCAGCUGCCGCGGCCGUGCCGGGCGACAAAGACAGCGACGACGAAGGUAACCUGGUCAUCGACGAAUCUCCAUCUCAAAAAGCUAUUAAAACCAAAGCCGAUCCUAAACAACUGAAACGUAAACUUAGCUCGGGCAGUAUCGAAGUACCCGCCGAAAAUUCGCCGGUCGAAUUAACCUCGCGGUCGGGACGUAAAAUUAAACCUAAAAAAUUUCUAGACGAACCGGGCGAAGUAUUCAAUACGCCUACUCAAAGUAAACCUACGCGGAAAAGCGCCCGCGAAACGACCAAUGAUAAAAAAGCAGCCGCCGAUUCUUCGACCGCCGAUACGCCCAACAGCACCACCAAAGUCGAACUACGUUGGGAAGAUACGCAGAAUUUGAAGAGCUUGCUGAAUAAAACGGAUAACUCGGAUUUACCUCAAAAGAUAAAAAAAGAUUUCAAGAAAUCGCUCAAGAAACGAGUCGAAGAAACCAAACAGGCUAGCGCCGAAGUAUAUGCGGAUAACGAGAACCUAGAGCUUAUUAAAAUCGAGGUUCAACUGCUGGACGCGGAUUGUCGUAUCAAAUCGAGCUUGAAUUUGGUCAGCGCUAAUUGCGACGAAUGUUUGCAAGCGAUGGACGAAAUACUAGAUUUAAAAUUGAACGCGUUGAUGUUGAAGAAGCAUCCGGAAGUCGUCGACACGGUGAAAAAGCUGAAAAAAUACGUCGGCAAUUUAUCCGAAUGGAAGUUGACUCGCGAGCAAGAAGAAGCCUUCAUCAGAGGCGCCGAAAAAAUACGCGCCAAAGCGGAACACAUCUAUAACAAGUUCCAGAGUCUUUUUACCAUACCCAACGGAAGAAAUUUCUUCGAAGUGUAUUCCGACGAAGUUGCGAAAUUCCAAGAGAAAACGAAUAACUUGCCCGUUAACCAACUGUAUAGAUUGGUCAAAGAACCGAUCGAGUAAAAAAAAAUUUCUUUCUUUUUUUUUCUCUUUUCAUAUUCCAUAUUUUUAUUUGCAGUACUAUACUUUUAUUUUUACUUUAUCGACUGUUUCAUAAUCAUAAAUGAUUAUUUUAUAAUUAAAUCGUUACGUUUAAAGUC